CCUACACCAUUCUGCUUUCCGUUCGAUCUCCAAUCCAUCACUUUCCGAGCCUGUUUCCUUUGAUCCUCCUUCGUUUCGAACACAACUUCACCCGGUAUUAGCUUCAAAUAUGGCCCCUUCCUCGACUGCCUCCCAACGGAUAGAGGAGGCUCGGGCUUUCGCGACGACCAAUCCCCCUACGGCGGAGAACAUUUAUAAAGAGAUUCUCUCUCAAGGUCCAGGUUCGACAGAGGCAUCAUCGCGUGACUAUGAGACAGCCUUGGUUGAACUCGGAAAGCUAUAUCGAGAUGGAAGGAAAGCGCAGGAGAUGGCAGAGCUCAUCAAAACAAGCCGUGAUUCCUUCUCGUCAUUUGCCAAAGCAAAGACAGCUAAACUAGUCCGCCAGCUCUUGGACCUGUUCAGCGAGAUUCCCAACACUCUGGACAUCCAAGUCGCUGUCAUCCGAUCCUGCAUUGAGUGGGCAGUCUCCGAGCGGCGGUCCUUCCUCCGACAGAACCUGGAAACCCGACUUGUUGCCAUUUACAUGCAGAAGCAGUCCUACUAUGAUGCUCUCACUCUCAUCAAUCCCCUUCUUCGCGAGCUGAAACGCCUAGAUGAUAAGCUUAUGUUGGUCGAGGUGCAGCUUCUGGAGUCACGUAUCUACCAUGCUUUGGGUAACCAAGCCAAAGCACGCGCUUCUUUGACAGCUUCUCGGACGUCGGCGGCAUCUGUUUACACCCCCCCCAAUCUGCAGGCUGGGUUGGAUAUGCAAAGUGGGAUGCUACACGCCGAAGACAAGGACUUCAACACUGCAUACUCGUAUUUCAUCGAAGCGUUGGAGGGCUACAGUUCUCUUGACGAGGGAGAGAAGGCGACGGCGGCUCUUCAGUACAUGCUGCUUUGCAAGAUCAUGUUAAACUUGGGGGAUGACGUAACGAAUUUGCUGGCCUCGAAGCAGGCCCAGAAGUACGCGAGCCCACGGCUCGAAGCUAUGAAGGCCGUGGCGCGGGCUCACGCCAACCGCUCCCUUGAAGAAUAUGAGAAGGCCUUGUCGGACUAUCGGUAUGAGCUAGGAAGUGAUACCUUUAUCCGGAACCACCUUCGUCGACUGUACGAUGCCAUGUUGGAACAAAACCUCAUCAAGGUCAUUGAGCCAUUCAGCCGAGUCGAGCUUGACCACGUUGCAAAAAUGGUUGGGCUGGACACACAGCAGGUCGAGAGAAAGCUAUCACAGAUGAUUCUGGAUAAAGUGAUCAUCGGAGUAUUGGACCAGGGUGCUGGCUGUCUGAUUGUCUACAAUGAAACGGAGCGGGAUCAAGCCUACGAUGCUGCUCUAGCGACAAUCGAGAAGUUGAGCAAUGUGGUUGAAGUGCUAUACACCAACAAGGCUUCCUUGUUGGAGUAGAAAGCUCUCUUUUCUUCAUUCUCUCCCUUUCUGCUACGAUCCCUGGGGAAACGCUAUGUGACUAGAGUGGAUAUUAUUUGCAAUAUACACUAUGGCAAGCUCAUGACUUUGUGGAUAGAAAUCUUAAUCCUUCAAGAUCUUCCAUAAAGAUCUGUCUUGUCUUUGCCUUUCCACAUUAUCCUUUAUGUUAUUCUGCACUUCUAUAUAUUAGAAAGUAAUCUCAUGCUUUAGCAAGCAGGCAGGUCUAUGUAUCUACGUGCCGUACAUGAUGC